CCAGCUCUACAACUCUAUGAUUCUAUGGUCUUCAAAAACACGAGAACGGCUCAGAAAACACUGGGAUGCUGUAAGAUAACAACGGCACCAUCUGGAUGAUCUGUAAAAAGUAAGUGAAUAAAAGUUAGCGAUUCCAGGAAAGUGGGCAAGUGUGGAAAAACAACCUGUGGGGUAUAUCCUCUGGCUUUGCUUGAUUCCUUGUCUCAGAGCAGUCCCCAUUCACCAGACCACAUGCCUCAUGGAGGAAAAUGAAGGCCCAGACUUUCAAAAUGCUGAUUUUUUACUGUAUUUAUUGCUGAAAGAAGAAUAUCAGCCUCCUUUUGCCGUUUGGAUGUGUUGUUUUAGGCUCAAGCAACUGUGGAUGUGCUUCUGUGCAUGUUUGGGAGUUGCAUUGUGAUGCCUCAGUUGUUGAUUUUAAGUGUUUAUUUGAUUGUGUUGUAUUAUUUUGUUAAGCUGUCCUGUUGUUGGUCAUUUACAGAACACAGAGUGACUCAUAACUGAAAUAAAUGAAUAUAUCUUGCUGGGAAUUGUGGCAGAUUACAGUGGUACCUCAGGUUACAUACGCUUCAGGUUACAGACUCUACUAACCCAGAAAUAGUGCUUCAGGUUAAGAACUUUGCUUCAGGAUGAGAACAGAAAUCGUGCUCCGGCAGCACAGCGGCAGCAGGAGGCCCCAUUAGCUAAAAUGGUGCUUCAGGUUAAGAACAGUUUCAGGUUAAGAACGGACCUCCGGAACAAAUUAAGUACCGUAUUUUUUGCUCUAUAAGACUCACUUUUUCCCUCCUAAAAAGUAAGGGGAAAUGUGUGUGCGUCUUAUGGAGCGAAUGCAGCCUGUGCAGCUAUCUCAGAAGCCAGAACAGCAAGAGGGAUUGCUGCUUUCACUGCACAGCGAUCCCUCUUGCUGUUCUGGCUUCUGAGAUUCAGAAUAUUUUUUUUCUUGUUUUCCUCCUCCAAAAACUAGGUGCGUCUUGUGGUCUGGUGCAUCUUAUAGAGAGGUACUAAAUCUGAGGUACCACUGUACUAUAUUUCAACCCCACUUUCUGCUAGCUGGUUAAAUUGGACAUGUUAUUGGGGGAAAUUGUGUGCGUGUUUAGUAAUACUGUAGCAAUAGUCCUAGGAAUAUUAAUGGUAGUUGUGGGGGGCGGGAGCAACAAAUAGUUAAAAAAAAACCAGGGCAGAUCUUAUUCACUGCAGAGCUGGGUUGUGUAGGCUUAAAUUACAGGAGUUUUCAUCUGAACAUUAGGAGAAAUUCUUUGAUAAUAGGAGCAGUUCUGGCAAUUGAAACAGUUAUCGUAUUUAUGUGAAGCUAAUGCUCCAUCAAAUCUAAUGUGCACCUCAAAUUUCAAAACCUUGAAACAAAAAAAGUAUUUGCUAUGUCAGCGGUGUUUUUCAAGCUUGUAAUGAAAACUAAUGCGCACCCUAAAUUUGGCUAAGAAAGUUGUGCAUGACAUUCGAGUAAAUACAGUACUUAGAGGGGUGAUGGUAGGUGUAAUAAAUGGGACCUGAUACAGUCAUACCUUGAUUUUCAAACAGCUUAGUUUUUGAACGUUUUGGCUUCUGAAUGCCGCAAACCCAGAAGUGACUGUUCCAGUUUGCGAACUAUUUUUGGAAGCCGAUCAUCCAAUGGAGCUUCCGCGGCUUCCAAUUGCAAUCAGAAGCCGCACUGUGGUUUCUGAACGUUUUGGAAGUUGAACAGUCCUCCGGAACAGAUUCCGUUCGACUUCCAAGGUAUGACUGUAGUUGCAAAGGUAGUACAGUUACAACAUCACUAGGUGGCGCUGGUAACACUAGAGAGUUACAUAAGGCUAGAGGUACAAAAAAUGAAGUAUUCUUUGUUAUUCUGCAGUCUGAGUGUGUGUCUUCUCCUUCAUGUGCAGCACCCAGGGCACUGGCUCCUGAGGGCCAAGGCACUGUGUCCCUCUGGGCUGGUCCCCCUCAAUGUUCAGAGGGCCCUGCUCACAAAAGAUCUUCAGGCAGAGGGCUGGAGGGCCAACUGUUGACGAUGUUGUAGCUCCAAGGCGGGGAUCCCAAACUGUGGUCCGUGGAUCACCAGUGGUCUGCAUGUUUCAUUCGGGUGGCCCACGUCAUGUCGGCAUUAAAUUGUAUUUUUAAUUGCAUUUCUAUUGCUGCUUUUAUUUCUUAUGUAACUGCAUUUUUAAUGUAUUACGAUAUGAAUUCAGCGAGCGCCAAUUGUAAUACAGUGGUACCUCGCAAGACGAAUGCCUCGCAAGAUGAAAAACGCGCAAGACGAAAGAGUUUUUUGUUUUUUGAGUUGCUUCGCAAGACGAAUUUCCCUAUGGGCUUGCUUUGCAAGACGAAAAACGAAAACGUCUUGCAAGUUUGUUUCCUUUUUCUUAAAACCGUUAAUACCCUAUGGGAAACCGUGCUUCGCAAGACGAAAAAUUCGCAAGACGAAAAAACUCGCAGAACGAAUUAAUUUCGUCUUGCGAGGCACCACUGUACAACAGAAGAAGAAGAAGAGUUUGGAUUUGAUAUCCUGCUUUAUUACUACCCGAAGGAGUCUCAAAGCAGCUGACAUUCUCCUUUCCCUUCCUCCCCCACAACAAACACUCUGUGAGGUGAGUGGGGCUGAGAGACUUCAAAGAAAUGUGACUAGCCCAAGGUCACCCAGCAGCUGCAUGUGGAGGAGCGGAGACGCAAACCUGGUUCACUAGUUUACAAGUCUACCGCUCUUAACCACUACACCACAAUGGCUCCCUUACAGAAUGCAGUCUUUAAGAAGCAAUAAAACACAAUGAUCGUACAGCACCCAGCACACUACGUUGAAAUUGCAGGGAAACCAAUGAGUGUUCCACCAAGUCAUAGAAUAGAAUCAUAGAAUCAUAGAGUUGGAAGAGACCACAAGGGCCAUCGAGUCCAACCCCCUGCCAAGCAAUUUUCCCAGCAAUUUUCAAGUGUCCAUUGGUGGGAAGCCAUUACAGAAAAGGCCUGUUCUCGUGUUGCCACCCUCCGGACCUCACAGACCCUCCAAGUGUCCCUGUUUUCCAGGGACAGUCCUGGAUUUACAGAAGCCAUUCUGCUCUCUGAUUGGAUCCUGGAAUGUCCCGCUUUCCCUUAGGGCAUCCCUAUUUUCAUCAGAGAAAUGUUGGAGGGUAUGAAGUUAUGUGACCACCGAGCCAAGGAGGUACGUAACUAUACAGCCUUUACAAGACAACUGAAGGCAGCCCUAUAUAGGGAUGUUUUUAAAUGUUUUAGUAUGUUUUUAUAUAUGUUGGAAGCUGCCCAGAGUGUCUGGGGUGACCCAGCCAGACGGGUGGGGUAUAAAUAAUAACAUUAUUACUAUUAUUAUGAUGGAAUAGGACAUCCCUAUUUUCAUUGGAAGAAAGGUUGGAGGGUAUGAUAUUAUUUAUAAGAAAAUCUUGGUGGAGACAGUGCCUAUAUCAUAGGUGACAGUGGAGUAUUUGUGUCUGCAACUUCAGGCAUCUUCACCAGGGUGCGCUGUAAACGAGGAAUGUGAAUGCAACGAAGAGAAAUGUUGUCCGCAAAGGCAUAGAAACCAAGUCAAAGGAAGGACUCAGAAGGCAGCAGCGAGCCAAGAGAACAAGAUUACAUGGCAACCCUGUGGCCGAUUUGUGCUUUGCUUUGGCUUGCCAUAGGCAUUUCAUGUAAGUAGAGCAGCUCUUCCCAUCUGUGUUGACUGUUUGCAUUUGAGUUAAGUUAGCAAUAUGUGGCUUUGAGCGUAUAACAAUUGGAGGGGCAUUGUCGAGGCACCCAACUGAGCUGGUGUAGUUUAGAAGGUGGUGCAGAAAUCCGUGGUUCAUGCUCCUCAGGUCUGGGAUGGCGAAAUCUGUGGCCCUCCAGCGUUUGAAACAUGGGAAUUGGAAUAAGUGCCAAUUUCCUUUCACCAGGAAAUGUCUGUUGCAACAGCUCAAGAUAUCAGCAGUUACUUGGUCAUUUGUGCUGUCGAUCUCAAUGUUCUUGGACUCCCAACUUCUGUCACCCCGGCUGGCAUGGCCAGUUGUAAGAAAUGAUGGGGCUGUAGUCUAGAGCCACAGGUUAGCCACCACUGCAUUAGGUGACCUGCAGCAAAUGAUUUUGCCUCUCUCAGUCCUCUGGGAUAAUAGCCCAGACCUCCCUUAGAAAGUGGUUUAUACAGAUUACUGAGAUAACGGUAUGUGAGCCACUUCAAAUACCGUAUCAGCAGUACCAUUUGGAAAGUCAGCUUCACAUGAUGGGAUUUACUAGGAAAAGUCUUUCCUCUGCUGCAUGUGUCAGUCUAAGCAAGUCAGCCUGGAUAGCUCAGUUAGUUAGAGCGUGGCGCUGAUAACACAAAGGUUGCAGGUUCGAUCCCUGUAUGGGACAGCUGCAAAUUCCUUCGUUGCACAGGGUUGGACUAGAUGAUCCUCAGGGUCCCUCUACAAUUCUAUGAAGUGUGCUGAUAACAUGCCAACAUCACGUAGCCCUUGGGGGCACUCUGUCCGGUUGUGGGUACCUCAUACUGACUUAGGCCAACCUGCAUGGUGGAGGCAUUCAAACAGCACUCCCUGCCCCCAGGAUUGCAGAACCAGGUCGGCAACCGCAGAAGAUAAAGGAAUGUGCACAUCUGUUUUAAGACAAAUCACCAAUAAGGAUAGCUCAGCAAACUUCCCUAUGCCUCGUGUGCGAAAUGAAGGCGAUGGAUAACAUUGAUUGAAUCAAUCAGCACUGCUCACUUUGUUUCUCUAGGUUGGGGAAAUUUCAAAACAAAGUGAAGAGGGAGACAGAUGGUAGUUUCUAAAAAGGAGGAAAUGCGAGAUUGCCAUGUUUGUGCUCGUUACUUUUGCCCUGCUACGUAUAUCUGGCCAAAGCAAAUUUCUGAAGCAGUGUACAAAUUGGCUAAACCUCUGUUGCCCCCCCAAAACCAUAAAAAACCCAAGGUCCAUUGAGGCCAGCACCCUGAGUGGAAUUUGCCUAAUGAGUCACAUUAAAUGGGAGCCCUCUGCAAGGAUUUCCACCUGUGCAAUGGGGCUUUGCACCCCUGCGUCCCCUGGAAUUGGCGGGGGGGGGGCUGUCACAAGAACCUCCAGAACAGCAUGUGGUUGGAAGGGGGAAAGUCCCAUUGGCCCCCCCCCAUUUCCAGCAGGGACCAACAAGAUACUACGGGAAAUUCCCAAUGAUGGCACACAAGCAACGAACCUCCCUGGUUGAGGAGUAGAUAUGCUAAUCCUGAACAUGGAGGGUCCAUUUCGUUAUCAUGGUUAUUAUAACAAUGUGAUAACUGGGGUUGGGGUGGAGGGGAAGGUGUGCACACCCCCAGCCAGCACUGACUAUCAUGCCACCUGGUCCAUUGCCUCUCUCUAGCCCUUGGGACAUUAUAGGGCAUUGGGUAAGUUGCAUGUCAUUCUGGGGAACUGCAGCAGACCUUUGUUCUUUCAUACAAAGUCAAGGUGUCCUGGAAAGGGGGCAGCCCCAUAAAGCAAGGUUGGGCAGACUUCAGACCUAGAUAUUUUUUACAAGAAUCUCAUAGUUCACCAACAGGAGCCAAGCAAAAGACACCUGCUUCCUGAAUCAAGGAAUUACGAGCCAUGAAAUUAGCACUGCGGGAGACGCUGUGGGUUAAACCACAGAGCCUAGGGCUUGCUGAUCAGAAGGUCGGCAGUUUGAAUCCCUGCGACGGGGUGAGCUCCCGUUGCUCGGUCCCUGCUCCUGCCAACCUAGCAGUUCUAAAGCACAAAGUGCUAGUAGAUAAAUAGGUACCGCUCCGGCAGGAAGGUAAACAGCGUUUCCAUGCGCUGCUCUGGUUCGCCAGAAGCAGCUUAGUCAUGCUGGCCACAUGACCCGGAAGCUGUACGCCGGCUCCCUCGGCCAAUAAAGCGAGAUGAGCGCCGCAACCCCAGAAUCAGUCACGACUGGACCUAAUGGCCAGGGGUCCCUUUACCUUACUAGAAGUAGUCCUUCCACAACACAAAAAUCCACUCCUAGUUACCCUCUUCCCAGCUUUCUUAAUUUCAGCAGCGUAAUGUAGGUGCCUGGGUGCUGCUGUUAUUGAUAAUCCUAUGCAGUCUCUGAAAACCUUGUGUCAUCUACCGGUCAGACCUCACCUGGAGUACUGUGUCCAGUUCUGGGCACCACAGUUCAAGAAGGACACUGACAAACUGGAACGUGUCCAGAGGAGGGCAACCAAAAUGGUCAAAGGCCUGGAAAUGAUGCCUUAUGAGGAACGGCUAAUGGAGCUGGGCAUGUUUAGCCUGGAGAAGAGGAGGUUAAGGGUGAUAUGAUAGCCAUGUUCAAAUAUAUAAAAGGAUGUCACAUAGAGGAGGGAGAAAGGUUGUUUUCUGCUGCUCCAGAGAAGCGGACACGGAGCAAUGGAUCCAAACUACAAGAAAGAAGAUUCCACCUAAACAUUAGGAAGAACUUCCUGACAGUAAGAGCUGUUCAUUCAUUAUAAACCUAGUUAUAAUGAAUAGUAAUAAUUAUGGCAACCACCCCCCCCCCCGAAGUCAAGGGCAAAGUUCCAGUUGAUUUUCCUGCUGGUAGACUGCAUUCUCUUGAGCAGGGGGCAAAAGUUUUAUAAUGUGCUCUGCUAUAAACAUUAUAGUUCCGUAAGCUUUUUAAUUAUUUGAGGGACAUAAAGCAUGAACUACGAAUGCAGGAUGGCAAGCAAUUAAUUGUUAAACAAAGCCAGAAUGGAGGAUCUGUAAGCAAUUAAUCGUGAACAAUAUAUUGCCAUGUGAAAAUGCUAAUUAGUUUUUCAAACACUGGAGGAGGGUGGUUCGUUAACUUAUAUGUGGUGGUGGUGGGACGUGUAGGAAUGUAUUUUCUUGGGCUGAAUGAAAUGUCACUGGAAAUGAAAAAUCAAAGCUAGCUAGGGUUCCUUAUGUGAAACAUCCUACAGAUAUUCUCAACUACAACUCCCAUCGUCCUUGACCAUUUGCCAUGCUGUCAGGAGCAGAUGGGAGCUUCAACAAUAUCUGGACAACACCACAUUGGCUACCCCUAACAUAGACACGCAGCAAUAAUAAAAUAUUCUUAACUGUAAUAAGAGUUUUUCUGCUUUCUUUGGUGGAUCAUAGGUGAUGGUUCUCCAACCAUUGUUCAGACACCACAGACGGUGAUACAGCGGCCAGACAGCAAGGUAUCUCUUAAUUGCAACAUAAAUGGGGCAUCCAACCCCAAUAUCUACUGGUACAGGCAAAUUCUCAAAGGACAGAUUCAGCUGCUUGCCUAUUCUGUUGCCGUGGGAUCCUCAUCUGCCGAGGGACCGCCCCACAUCCAAGGAUCAAGACCUGAAGACACCAAGUUCUUCCUGAGCAUCGAAAACCUCAUGGCCGGUGACACUGGGAUUUAUUAUUGUGCCUGGAGCCCACACACUGUGCAAAGUGAAUGUAACACCUCAACAAAAACCCUCCUCCUUGCUUGUGGCUCCAUCUGCUCCCACACCGCAGGGAAGUGGGGAAAAGGUGUAUUCUUUGAGGCAUCAAGUUCCUUCCUGUUGAAAUCACAAGGAGCGUGGCCCACAUUAAAUGCCUCCUGAAAAUCGCGGCUCAGCUGAACAAUGCACAAUGUGAUGAAUUUGUGGGGUGCCUGAACACACACCCCUUCUAAUUUCUGGAUGCCAGACACUGGGUUUAGCAUGGUAAAAUACAGACCAAAACUGUCUUCCCAUGAGUCGUCAAGCAAACAGAGACAGGGUGAUGAUCCAUGAAGGAAGCCAUCAACAAUGGACUGACUCUGAGAGAGAUGCAGAGCAGUGAAGCAGCACUCGGG